AUGCCUCCUCGACGCGGACGCCCACCUUUCAAUAGAUCGGUUGAGAGGGGAAGAGGUCGUUCCCAACGUCAUCAGCCAGAUACAGUAGAGGAGGAAUCAGUUGCAUCCACCAUUCGGGCAGCACCUGCUGUUGAGCAAGCUGAGAGUCCUCCACCUCCUCCACCUCCUCAACCACCUACUGGUAUUCCCGCCAUGCCUACCGAGGCAGCACAGGCAUUGGCAGCUUUUUUUACUACAAUGGCUAGUCAAGCUCAGACUGGUCAAGUUCCACCUAUAGUGCCUCCAGCUACUCCUUUAGUUGCACCACCGGUACAGGAUGUAUCAAUUUCUAAGAAGCUAAAGGAGGCUAGACAGCUCCGUUGUGUGUCUUUCGCGAGUGAGUUGGAUGCCACUGUGCCGGGUCAUAUUAGAAGUAAUUGCCCACGGUUAGGACGAGCCACUGUAGUUGCAUCAUCUCCACCAGCUCACACUGAUAUGCAGAGAAGAGAUUCUUCUGGGUUACCACCGAGACAGGGAGUAGCCAUACGGUCCGGUAUGGAAAGUAAUACCCCGACACAUCCACCUUCGAGACUACAAACUCGUACUUCGACAAGAGUUUUCGCUGUGAUAGAAGAUGAGGCACGGGUCCGACCUGGAGUAGUGACUG